CCUCUCACACAUACUUGCACCGCUCCUCUUGCUCUCGCCGCAUCGCCCACCGCACUCAGCGCAUACACCCGCCACGCCGCAGCCAUGUCCGUCGUUCACUUGCAGAACAUCACCAUCCUCAAUGACAAGGCCGCCUUCUCAGACCCGUACAUCUUCAAGAUCACCUUCGAGUGCAUCUCGCCGCUCGAGGACGACAUUGAGUGGAAGCUCAUCUACGUCGGCAGCGCCGAGAGCACCAAGUUCGACCAGGAGCUCGACAACUGCAUGGUCGGGCCUGUGCCGGUCGGUGUGAACUCAUUCGAAUUUGAGGCAGAGGCGCCCUCGCGGGACAAGAUCCCAGAGGAGGACCUGCUGGGCGUCACUGUCAUCCUGCUCACGGGCUCGUACCGCGACGCCGAGUUCAUCCGCGUGGGCUACUACGUCAACAACGCGUACGACAGCGAGGAGCUGCGCGAGAACCCGCCGGCGCAGGUGGACCUGAGCCGCGUGCGGAGAGAGGUGCUGGUCAGCAAGCCGCGCGUCACGCGCUUCAACAUCAAGUGGGAUGAGGAGGCGACGCCGGCCAGUGCUGCGCAAUCGAGCCAGAUCGGCUCGUCCGACGCCCCGGCAGCUGUGCCGCCGCCGGCGCCCACACACAGCGGCGCAGGCGAGGCGCAGUCAGGGAGCAGCAGCAGCUUCGCUCCGGUCGCAGUGUAGUCGUCCUCAGCAUCUUUCCGUCGCUCGGCAGGGAUGCUCCGCUGCCCGGCGCUUGUCACUGGCCCAAUCAAUGCUUCACUAGUGUCUCACG